AUGUUAAAGUUGUUCAGUUUGGUGAUAUUAUGCACACUAGCUGUCGCAGAAAUCGAAGAAGAGGAAAAUGUACUAAUAUUAACAAAGGUAAAAAAUUAAAUUUUAAUCAAAAAAUAACUCAAAAAUUUAGGAUAACUUUGAAGAAGCACUUGAAAAACAUAAGGAUAUUUUGGUCGAGUUCUACGCUCCUUGGUGCGGCCACUGCAAAGCAUUGGCUCCAGAAUACGCUAAAGCUGCUGGUCAAUUAUUAGAAGAAGGUUCUGAAAUCAAACUUGGCAAGGUUGACGCUACUGUACACAAAGAGCUUGCUACAGAGCAUUCAGUGCGUGGUUACCCAACCCUUAAGUUCUUCAGAAAUGGAAAACCCCUUGAGUACGGAGGAGGCCGUAAUCAAGAAGGUAUUGUAGCUUGGCUCAAGAAGAAGACCGGACCACCAGCUAAAGAAUUGAAGACAGUUGACGAACUUAACUCCUUCAAAGAAGAGUCCAAAGUUAACGUUGUUGCUUACUACAAGUCCGCUGAUGAUGCUAAAACAUAUUUGGAAGUUGCUGCAGGCUCCGACGAUGUUCCUUUUGCCAUUACACAUGACAGUGAUGUCGCUAAGGCUUUGGAAGUCAGUGCUGGAGGCAUCGUUCUAUUCAAAAAGUUUGAUGAAGGUCGUGAAGUCUUCGACGGCAAAGUUGAAGUAAAUGCUGUAAAGAGCUGGAUUGCUGGAAACAAACUUCCAUUGGUUUCUGAAUUCAGCCAAGAAACUGCCCCAACCAUCUUCGGAGGAGAAAUUAAGAAGCAUAACUUGCUGUUCAUCUCCAAAGAAUCAGACGCUUUCGAAAAGACAAAGGAAGAGUUUGGUAAAGCUGCCAAGCAAUACAAAGGUACACUUUUGUUUGUCUAUAUUAACACCGAUGUUGCUGACAACAAGAAGAUUUUGGAGUUCUUUGGAUUGAAGGAUAGUGACAUUCCUACCGUGCGUAUCAUCUCAUUGGAAAGCAACAUGGACAAAUACAAACCUGAAUUCACAGAAAUUACCAGCGAAAACCUUGUUAAGUUCACCCAAGACUACUUGGACGGAAAGUUGGAACCAAGCCGUAUGACUGAAGACAUUCCAGAAGAUUGGGACAAGGAACCAGUAAAGGUAUUAGUCGGCAAAAACUUUGAACAAGUUGCUCGCGACAAGUCAAAGAACGUGUUGGUCGAGUUCUACGCUCCAUGGUGUGGCCAUUGCAAGUCGUUGGUCCCAAUCUGGAAUGAGCUCGGAGAAAAAUACAAGGAUCACGAAAACAUCGUCAUUGCCAAGAUGGACGCUACAGCCAACGAGGUAGCUGAUGUCGACAUCAAGUCUUUCCCAACGAUCAAGUUCUUCCCAGCCGGAUCCGACGAAAUCAUUGACUAUAAGAGUGAUAGAACUCUUGAAGGAUUUACCAACUUCCUUGAAAACCGUGACAAAAAGGAUGCUUCAGACGAAGAAGGACACACUGAAUUGUAA